UCUGCCGCUGAUGCACCGCGCAGCCCGGAGAUGCUGCUGCUGAUGCUGGUGACCGACUGCAGCAUCCGACAUGAGUAUCCACUAAUCCGGCCGUGCCACGAUUGCUUUCUCUCUCACAAUGUGGGGAAAAACUGACAUGGCAUUCUACUGAGCCGGAAAACAGAGGCGUGAACAACGAGACAAAAUCAGAUCUUCUUCUGGAUUAGGAAUAAUUCCUCUUCCUACGUGCUCUGUGCAUUGUCUUGAAGAAAUCAGUCAUAGAACUUGAGGGAAAACAUCAGUGAAACAGUAUCUUCUGCUAUUCCUCAUUGGCUGUCAGUAUGAGUGGUCUGGUAGGGAAGUUAGAUCCUCGCAGGAUACAGUGGGGGUCGACAUGGAACACCUUUGCAUCCCGUGUUCUGAGAACCAAGCCUGUGGAGUCCAUGUUAGAUUCAGCCAUGUCGGGCACAAGCUCACAUGGAACCAGGCUGGCCCGAGUUUUGUCUACGGUGGACCUGGUAUCGCUGGGUGUGGGCAGCUGCGUCGGGACAGGGAUGUAUGUGGUCUCGGGACUGGUUGCCAAGGAAAUGGCUGGUCCUGGGGUCAUUGUUUCCUUCAUUAUUGCUGCUGUUGCCUCCAUACUCUCAGGAGUAUGCUACGCAGAGUUUGGCGUCCGCGUGCCUAAGACCACAGGUUCGGCCUACACAUACAGCUACGUGACUGUGGGGGAGUGUGUGGCUUUUUUCAUCGGCUGGAACUUAAUUCUGGAAUAUCUGAUUGGCACAGCAGCGGGGGCGUCAGCGCUCAGCAGCAUGGCGGACUCACUGGCCAAUCACAGCAUCAGCAACUUUAUGAUUUCACACAUUGGGGCACUCCACGGCUUGGGUAAAGGAGAGCAGUCCUACCCAGACCUGCUGGCGCUGCUGAUAGCAUUGCUGGUGACAGUGAUAGUGGCUUUAGGAGUGAAGAACUCUGUUGGUUUCAACAACGCACUGAACGUCAUCAACCUUAUAGUGUGGGUGUUCAUGAUGAUCGCUGGGCUGUUCUUUGUCAACGGGGAGAACUGGGACGAGGGGAGAUUUCUGCCCUUUGGCUGGUCAGGGGUGAUGCAGGGUGCAGCCACCUGUUUCUAUGCCUUUAUCGGAUUUGACAUCAUUGCUACAACAGGAGAGGAGGCCAAGAGUCCCAACACCUCCAUCCCCUAUGCUAUCACUGCCUCACUCAUCACCUGCCUCACUGCCUAUGUCUCUGUUUCUGUGAUAUUGACACUGAUGGUACCGUACAAUGAAAUUGAUGCAGAUGCACCACUGAUGGAGAUGUUUGCCAUGCAUGGCUGUAUGUUCGCAAAGUAUAUUGUGGCAGUAGGCUCUAUAGCCGGACUAACUGUAUCCCUCCUGGGGUCGCUGUUCCCCAUGCCCAGGGUCAUCUAUGCCAUGGCAGGGGAUGGCCUGCUGUUUAAGUUCCUGGCCCAUGUGUCUUCCUACACAGAGACCCCUGUUGUAGCCUGUGUGGUUUCAGGCUUUCUGGCUUCCUUGCUGUCCCUUCUGGUCAGCCUUAGAGACCUCAUAGAGAUGAUGUCCAUAGGAACACUUUUGGCCUAUACGCUGGUGAGUCUCUGUGUGCUUCUGUUACGCUACCAACCCGAGGGCGACAUCCACGGCUUUGUGAACUUUCUCUCUGAGGAGCAGAAUAAAAAAAGGAAGGAAGGCGUUCUGGCUGAGUGUGAGAAAGACGCCUGCUCACCAACCAGUGAGGCGGAUGACUAUGGCGGUCUGCCCACUAACACCUGUGGGGCCAAAAACCUGCCUUCGCUGGGUGACAAUGAGAUGCUGAUUGGCAAACCAGAUAAAAACGCAUACACUGCCAGUCACCCUAACUAUGGUACAGUGGAUAUGACCACAGGUAUUGAAGCAGAAGAAUCAGAAGGUGGGAUGUCCCGGCGGUUAAAGAAGCUGAUUGGACCACGUUACUAUACCUUGAGGAUCCGAUUGGGCCUCCCGGGAAAGAUGGACAGACCAACUCCAACCACGGGGAAAACUGUCACUGUGUGUGUGCUGCUGCUUUUUGUCUUCAUCUUUGCUUUCUGCUCCUUCAUCAUUUUUGGAGCAAGCACUAUUGGGGAGGGUCGCUGGUGGGCCUUGCUGCUAUUAAUCUUCUUCAUCCUUGUCAUUGCCCUGUUGAUUGUCAUCAUUCUCCAGCAGCCAGAGAACCCUAAGCGGCUUCCCUACAUGGCGCCCUGUGUGCCCUUUGUACCUGCUUCAGCCAUGCUGGUCAAUAUCUACCUCAUGCUCAAACUAUCUGCAAUCACCUGGAUAAGAUUUUCAAUCUGGUGCCUCGUGGGUGUGCUCAUCUACUUUGGCUAUGGCAUGUGGAACAGUACUCUGGAAAUCACAGCUAGAGAGAAUGAAGUGCAUGCUUCCACCUACCAACGCUACGAUCAAGGUGUUGACGAAGGGUUCUGUGGCUUCGACGAUGAUUUCUACCCGCCUACCACUGACACCUGGGGUGCACCAGAGGGAGGAUCGGGGCUGACCUCGCCUCCGGUGGCUAAACCUGAAAGUGAUGGGAUGCCAUCAAAAGGUGGAGGCAGAACCAUUGCCAAUCAUGGCCUUGCAGAGGAGGAUCCAAUGGAUUUCUAAGGGGACUGACUCUGUGUUACCCUGAAUGUACUGCCUUGUCUGCUGCCUGGGGGAAGAUAGGGGACAAAUAUAUGAGUGCACGAAUGAUUGUGUGUGUGUCUGUGUGUGUGCAUGCCACUGUGUGUGUGUGUGUGUGUGUGCAUUUGUUUGUGUGUCCAACUCUUGGGCUAGAUUGUUUGUUGGCAGGGGAACUGCUUUUCUUUCACUUUACUCCAUCGUGCCUGGCUCCCCCGCUUCCACUGAAAUUUAGAUGUUAAGGUCAUGAGUGUCUUGACUCAUUUGCUUGUUAUUCACUCACUGGAAUCCACAUGCCACACAAAGAAAGGCCAGACAGAAAAGUGCGGAUGUAACAAGAGAUAAAAUAUGUUCGCUGCUCUCUGAACCAAAAGACAAUGUCUGUUAAGCAAUUUUUUUUUUAAAUGGUUUAUUUCUCAGAAUUUUGAGAUAUGAGAGGAGAAGGCAAUGAGAUGAAUCAGCACACCUCUUCCUGUUUUAACAGACAGGCAGGAAAGCUAGAUGACAAAUGACUUCCUGUGGACAGGUCUGGCUUUCUCCUUUCAUUUUUAAUUUUCAACAGGCAAAAAAGGGGCCACACAUGCCCUCAAAAACAUUAUUUUCUCACUUUAAGCAUUCCCUCUGACUCCAAACAUCUAACCCAAGCGAUUCUGAAGUGGAUUUGGGAAAGGGUGUUGAUGUUUUCUGUCACAAUUACUUGGACUUUGCUUGCAAUAGUGCCUUCAUCUACUGUAUGUGUAUGUGAGUUUCUGAUUAUGUCAGUUUUCUACUUUAAUUUUGCCUGUGUGUGUGUGUGUGUGUGUGUGUGUGUGUGUGUGUGUGUGUGUGUGUGUGUGUGUGUGUGUGUGUGUGUGUGUGAGGGUGUACUGUAUGUACACACAUGGGUUCUCAUAUUUGUGUUUAUAUGAAGUGUGUUCUUCAGAUUGUUUUACUCUGUAUGUAUAGAUGUUUUUUUCCCCACUCUUCCCCAGCAUGAAGCUCAACGUGAAUCCACUUGCAACAAAUCAGCUCAUGCUGCAGUGUAACACAUGCAAAUUACUGUAUCUGAAAAGAGGAGAGAGUAGAGUAUAUAAAAGAAGGAGAGAAUGGCCUGAAUCCUAACUGACAACCACUAGGGUUACUGUGAAGAAUGUCAUAUUUUCUCUUGAUUUUUUUUUCUUUAUGUAUGACAAAUCUUUAUGAGGUUCUUGAUGUUUACCAGGGCCAGGACAAAAAUUAUUUAAAGUUCUUUUUUUUUUCUUUAGAGCAAGGAUCUUUCAUUGUUUUUGCUUUUUUUUUUUUUCUUACUCAAAUCAAAUGAAAUCUAAUCCCCCUUUAUAUUCUCCUUUUUCUCUUUGCUUUUUCUCCAAUUCCUUCUUCUUCUUUGUAUUUUAUAUGGUCUAUAUCCACAAUUCCUUUCUUCUUCCAAGCCAAUGGUACCUUCCUCUAUCUGCCUCCUCACUCUCCUCUUGAUAGCCAUCAGGCCAUGUCAUCCACGAUAAGCCACAAGUGAUAGAGCCAGGAUUGGUUUUCAGUCAGGAUUUGUAACAGCAAUCUGUUCAUGGCCUGUCGAUCUAUUAGCUCCUGUUUCACUUAAGGGUGUCUGCUAUCACUUUUUUGAUUUGUCACUGGAGCAUUAACUGCACUCCCUGUGGUCCUGCUCCAACAUAGGCUCAAGCUGACAUGAGUGUGCCUCCCUUUUGCCCCUGCUGCUUCAUUUUUAAUGCAUGUAGCCAGUGCUGGAGUCUCACUUUUUACAUGGUACCUACAUUGCUGGGGCGCUCCAAAGAGGUUGUGAAAAUCAGUCAAAUCAGAUCAUGAGCCUGUGUGGCUGAAUAUGUAGGACAAGUAAGCUACAGCUGCCGAGGUUAGGGGUUUGGUUUCAUAAUAAGUAUGUACUGCAAGGCAAGUUUAUCAGUAAAGAAUUUUCAAACAAGAGAAUACAAAGUACUUUGCGUUGAAGGCGUUGUGCAAUUUAUCCUUUUGUGGCACAGUAACCAAUUUUGGCAUUAACCAACUAGCACUGUUUUGUUGUUAUGUUAAGGGUGGGGGGUGCUUCUACUAUAUAGCUGCUGCUGCUGCUGCUGCUGCUGCUGUUUGCCCUGAUUGUCCUUCUUGUACCUUUUCCUUGUGCCCCCUGUUGCUGCAUCAGUCCCUUCCCGGGAAGCCUUAUUAGUCCAAUGCACUAAAUCUAAGGAUGCCACGCUAAACCCCCACCUUACCUCUGCUCCCUUCACAACCAUCCACAUUAAAAAAUCAAAACAGACAAAAAACAAAAACAAGAAACUGCAAAAAAAAAAAACCCCAAAAAAAACAGCUUAUUGUAUAAACAGGCCCUUGGGUGAUGUCCAGUAAAGCGAUUUUCAUACCAAUUACAAAACACUUCAGUAUCGCAGAGAUUCAUGCUCAUAUUGAAUGAUUCUGCAGUUUGCCACUGCAGGGGGCAGUGUGCUGUGCAGUAGAGUGGAAAUUCAGAGAGUUGAGAUUUAAGUGAUUUGGGUGCUUGUUGAGUUUGAAGGCUGUCUGAAUUUUAGGCAGAAGCUGGAGCACUCACACCAACCAGUGCCAUAGUUGAGAAUAAGAGCACCAAGGUUAUGUCCUUUGUAACUUUUAUGGAAAUGUGACUGGGUUAUUGACUUGGGGGGGUGGUCAUAUUUUAUGACCACAACAUUGCAUUGAACCACACUGCAGGUUCCAGGCAUGGAUGUUAGAUGAACCGAUAUUUUAUUGCUGUUUUGGCACCCAAACAAUGUUAUGAAGUUUUGCAGAACUGUCCAAUAUAAACAUUAUGCUCAGUGAUCCAGUUGGAAAAGCAUUUGCACAUUAACUCUUACACACAUCUAAACGUAUAUAUUCAUUUUGUACUUUUCAGCCAAAAUUCCUUACCCACCCAGAUCUCUUUCUAACUCAGCUAAAAGAAUCCAAUGGUUUUGCAUUCAUAGCUCAGCCAAAAACAAAGAAAACAAAUUCAGGCGAUGCCAUGCCUCUGACACUGGACUGUACAGUCAACUUUCUAUAUUAUCUGAUCUGUCUGUAUGUAUUAAGACUGUGUGAAUGCAUGUACUGUAUGUGUGUGCGAUGUGCGUUUGUGGUCCACGCCUGCGCCUCAGUGUGAUCGUCUGGUGAAUGUGUAGCAUGCUCUCGUGCACGAGGCCCAGACUAUACAUGUUGUACUUGCAUGUGGUGACUGAUUGCAAUGACAUGUAAUAGAACACUAAACCAAACCAAAUGCAGGCUUAAUUCUUAUACCUGGGAAUGCUGGCCUCUCUGCUAUAGAAGGACUUGACAGAUGUUUAACAACUGAACGGGGUUAAAAAAAAACACACACACACACACACCAUCCAACAGGAUGAUACUGUGCAUUUGUUGCACUCUGCUGCAUUUUCUAUUCUGAUAGAAACUGAGAAUUUUCCUUUAUAACUCAAUACUAUGAGAAUGAGGAAUAAAUUCUAUGAGCUAAAAGAAUAUUAUACAUGAGAUUCAGUUCAAAUUGCAUAUUCUUUCCCUCAGUAAUCUCCUCGCCCAGGUAUGAGAACCAGGACUCUAUUUGAAAAAGAAGGAGAACAUGUAGCAAACACACUGAUGUGGGCUGCUCUUCUCACAUCCUUCCUCAAGCACUUAUAAUAUGCCUACUUCCUCUUUGUCCAUCUUCUCAACCACAACCUCUGCAAGCCAAAGUCCACAAUCUUUGUUUACUUUUCACAUACAGAAGACUGUAGUUUCUUCAGAGUGAGAACUUGAGAUAAAACAGAGCUAACAUUUUUUUUCUGCUCUUCUAAUACUGUAAGCUACUUUAUCACAAGCAGACCAGAUUUUCUUUACCACGGUGACUUCGGUCAUUGGUAUAAAGGAUACUUUCUGAAUUUUUGCUAGUAUUUUGUUAAUAUUUGAAGUAUUAUUCUAGACUCCAGUGCAUUUGUCCAGUAAUGACAUGAUGCAGUGAAAAGUACAACACUGUAGGAGGAGUGAACUCAAAGAAAGGUAUUUUUCUACAGCUGUUUCCCAUCCACAGGCCCUCGGGUUGGUGUGCACAGCAGAGCUGGGUGGAGUUAUCGGUCUUCACUUUCUGUGUUUUUGUUUAAUCACAAGGAGGCCUGGGAGAAACUGCUAAAAUAUAUUUUUAAGAACUGUAUCUCUCCAGAAUGAAAAGGCUAAUUUAUAAACUUUAAUCCUUUACUUUGAAGGGUUUAAAAUGUUGUUCAAGACGUCAAUAGGACUGUAGAUGGUUUAGGAGUAAGAGCACUAACCGACAGCACGCAGAAACUAUUUUAAUACAAUGAUAAAUGCUAAACUACACACAAAAUCAAAGAUUGCCUCUAUUGCUUUUAAAGUUAGCUACUAUUUGUUUAUUUAGUCUUGGAGAAGGUGUGCCAUGUUCUUCCUGUGCUCUGUGUUCACUGUUGCCAAGUGUCCAGUUAGUGUGUGUUAGACUUGUUGAGAUUGGCUUCUCUUGCAACAGCAAAUUUGAUUCCUUUUCACUUCUGUAUAUGUUGGCACAAAGCUGUAUAAUGUAGUUGUUUUUAUUUUUUGUUUUGUUUUUUUUUUUAAAAGGUUUCUUCCAUAUGUGUGGUAAUUUUGCUCCUGGGUGCACUGUUUUUGCUGAGUUGUUGAUAUUGCUUCCAUGCAACAAUGAAAGCUAUUUAUUGCAAAUACAAAA